UAUAUUGCAGACAUACACCGGUAGGGUAGUUACGACGAUGAAGUGGCAAAUGUAGAGAAAAAUCUCCGUUAAGAUUUUAGGUCCCGUCUUGCUGAACGGUUGAAUCGGACUCGAUUGUUGUCAACGUUGCCACUCAGCAUGUCUCGGGGGGAGGAACCCAUAAAUCUGGAGGCUCAGUUUGAUGCAGCAGUCAAAGUGGUUUGGAGUUUGCCUGAAGAAGGUCCCUUUCAACCCUCAGAUGACAUGAUGAUGAUGUUCUAUAGCUACCACAAACAAGCCACCUGUGGCCCCUGUAAUAUCCCAAGACCAAUAGGUUUUUGGGACCCAAACGGAAAAGCUAAAUGGGAUGCAUGGAACGCAUUGGGAAACAUGACUAAAGAAGAUGCCAUGAAGAAAUAUGUUGAAGACAUCCAGCUGAUAUUAGAGACCAUUCCAGUUUCAGACGAAGUCUCUGACCUGGUGCAGAAGCUCGGGGACUUUUACACCGAGGUAGAAGGAGAGGACGUGGUUGAAAAGAAACACGAAAAAAGCACAUUCACGAGACCGUUUGCCUCACAAAAGGAUGAGCUGCUACGUUCAAUCAAGAAACCGACAAUGGAAGGCUAUGGUGAUCUGUGGGAUGAUAUACAAAACGUACAAGAUACGGACAUUGUGAAGAGUGGUGAGAGAGAUCAAGAGGAGGAAUGUGGAGACAGUUUUGAAAAAGAAGAGGAAAGAAGUGACUUGCACAAAACUGAGGAAGGAGAUCAGUCUUAUGAGGCAAAAAGUGAAGAUGACAAAAAAGAAGAAGAGAAAGAUUACCGCUCUGAUCCAACGUAUCUGACAGUGGAGCGGUGGAGAUGUGAUACCUUGGUAUCCACCAGCAGUGUGGAGCCUAGCAUGUCCUCCUGUACGAAUGGGACGCACAGCUCUCUGAACAGCGAGGUGGAGGAGGAGGAGCUGGCGUGUUGUGUUGAGCACAGUGAAGCAAACAAUCUGAAUAUGUACUUAAAUGGACUCUUGAGUGAACAUGAUAUUGAACUUGUAAAGAAGAAAGGAAAAAUACUAGACUCUGAUAAUGAGGAAUUCUGUGACUCCAUGGAGAAUCUUGCAGCAGAAGAGGACCUGCCAAAAACCUGCUCUCCUGGAACAAGAAUGGACACAGUGAGGCAGAGUGUUUGUUGGUUUGAAAGCAGCAUGACGAUGAUUUCAGAGGAAUCUGGAUGUGCUCGAACUGAUUAUUCAUACCUGAGUGACUCUCCUGCGGGGAACAUUAACCAGCAAAUAGCUCUCGCUCUGCUGAAGCUGCAACAUGACAUGACCAAGGUUCUGCAAAGGCUGCACACGCUUGAGGUUCUGACACAGUCAAGAUCACCUUCCCCACAGAGACACACCUCGAUGGCAGUUGUGCGAAUGCUGUUGAGACCUUCCUGGUGGCCGUUUGAGCACUCGACGUUUACAGUGGCUUUGACGUCACUUUGGCCUUUCAUUUCUUACUGGCUCGUACAGUUAGUCUUACAGCAAAAGAAAAGAAGAACCACCUGACUCACUUGCUGGUGAAGCCUGAUUUAAACUGUAACGGAUGAAUACUACAUAUCGUGUUUUGUCCUUUGUGGAGGACAAAUCCAUGUACACUCGCUGUGUUUUAAUGUGUGACCGUUGAUUACUUAUUUAUAGGUCUAUAUUUUAUAUUGGUUGUUGCUGCUGCACAUGUGUAAUACAUGAUUUUGCUUCCAUAAAGCGAGACGGCCAUGCAAGAAAAUGUUUUUUUUAGGAUGUAAGUAGAUAUUGUAAAAAAAACAAACAACACCAAGUUUGUUUCUUCUUCAAAUGACUUCACUGAGCACCUAUGAGUCAAUAUAGAUGUAUUAAUUUAUUGCAAAUAAGCGGCACCUCAGCACUACAGUUCUGUGAAGCAUAAACACUCAAACGCUGUGAAGGUGACUUGAAUGCAGCUCAUCUCAG